AUGAAUAAGAUCAUCGUGUUCGACCAGCCUGGCUUCCGGGGGCUCAGCGAAGAGUUCACCCACGACAUCCCGGACCUGCGGGACGUGUACUUCGACAAAGCCAUCUCCUCCCUGAAGGUGGUCGGUCAGCCCUGGCUGGCAUUCGACCACGUGGCCUUCAGGGGUAGCGUCCUGGCUUUCGAGGAGGGGGAAUACAGCAGCGUCGGCCUGGACGAUCAGAUCUCCUCCCUCCAGCUGGUGAGGGAAGACUUGGAGGACCCCCAGAUCACACUCUAUGAAGACACCGCACUCCUUGUGCCUCUGCCGCCCAUCAAGAAGGAAGCCAACAUCUCCCACAAGGACUUCGGAAAGGUGUCCGGCCACUCCAUCCAGAGAGGCGAGAAGUGCCCCGACUACGCCUCGACGCUGUUCUGGAAGCCGUGGCUCCAGUGCGUGAGGCCCCUGAGGCCCGGCCGGCCUGUGAUCACUGCCGAGAUCCUUUGGGAGAAGAAGAAGAUGGAGAGGGAAAGGAGUCAGGUCGUGAAUCUCCUGGUGGGAGCUAACUUCACUGACGUGGCACAGACAUACACCAGCACCUUCAGCGAAGAGCUGGAGGUCUGCACCACACAUGCCUUCAACUUCGAAGACUCUGGGGAGCUCAAGGUGGGCACCCGGUUCACGGUCAAGGUGGAGACCUCGCUGAACGUGACUGUGGAGGUCGGGAAGACCCAGAGCAUCACGACCAAGAACAAGGUGCAGGAGCUGACCGUCCAGGUGCUCAAGAAGGAGGUCACCUUCCAGGCCCCGGUGAAGCUGACCAUCGGCCGGAACGGGAAGCUGAGCACCGCGUUCGGGGUGUACCGGCGGACGUCCAGGCACUGCAUCCACGUCAUGUUCAAGGGGAAAGAGCUGGUCCCCGCUGGUCCUGAGGCCCCCAGACACAUUCCCCCAUCCUGGAAGCUCCUGUCUUGCUUCUGGGCGUGGAGGAGGAGAGGACCGAGGAGGGUUCCGCUGCCCGCCGAGGAGACACCGGCCCGGACCCCAGGCUAG